AUGGCGAGAUUAGAAGUAAAUUGGACGGCACCGAAAGACUCAGCAAACACAGAAGGACUGUGUGGUUACAUGGAUGGUAAUCAAGAAAAUGAUUUAACUACAAGAACUGGGCGUAUAAUUCCACUUGACAAGAACAACCACUACUACAAACCGACAGAAUUCACAAGAAGCUGGAGAUUGAAAAAAGAUGAAAAUCUUUUCACAUCAUUGAAUGACAAAAAGCUAAAGCGCUGGGGUAAUAUUAAUGCUAUGUACUGUGUUUGUGAACAAGCUAUUCAAACAAAUAUAAGUGUCACUUCAAAACGAGUUGCUAAGGCGCUUUGCUCACCAACACAAUAUCUUGACUGUGAAUUGACAAAUCCAACUCUAACAAGUCGUAUGUGUAACAUAAUAUCAAGAAAGAAACGGAGUACUCGCAAUGUUAAGAAGGUGGUACAUGGACGAUACAAACACAGGAGGGAAUCAGAUAGACUUUUGAAGUUGAUAAAUGCACCAGAAAAAGAAAAUCACCUCGUUCAACGACGUGGAGCAGCAGUGCAGAAUGUAAGUGAAUCGGAAGCUAGGGGGCAUUGUGGACAUGUUGUGAACAACUCACACGUUGUGUCGGAACUUUCUGAUUCCAUCCCAGGUGGAGGUGUAGAUGCAGUUCUAGAACAAUGCAUUUUUGAAGUAAUGGUAGGUAAUGACUUAUCUCUUGCUGAUGUGCAUGUUGAUGCGAUGAACACAGUUGCUCAAGCAACACUCAUACGUGACCCGGUGUAUACUGCUAACAAUACAGACAAAGUUGAAGUUUUCAUCAAAAACUCGUGCCCUGGAAAUUGCAGUCAAAAUGGAAAAUGUUCAGAUCAAGGUGAUUGCGAAUGUGAUGACCACUACAAAGGUGCCGAUUGUAGUAUAGAUGAGCGUGAUCCAGUUACUAUUGAUGACCUAGAGGGAGGAGGAUUGUGUAAUCUUACGGACGGUGAUGGCUGUAACUGUUUCUUCGUGAGGACAGCCUAUCUCUUGCCAAACUUUACAUGUGCGAUUUCCGGUGUAAUAACAUACAUAGAUGGCACAGAGGAAAAUAUAACAGAAACUGCUAACGCUGGGGAAUAUGAAAACAUAUUCACAGGCCAAUGUUGCGCACCUGAGGAAAGAAAUAAACGGUCAACAUCACAAAAUAUUGUAUUUUCUACUAGAUACGACAUUGCAAUCAGUAAUGACGGAAACCAUUUCGGUUCAGCCGAACCUCUUCACGUUUUUGAUUCCGAGUGUCAAGAUGCUUUGCCUGAUAGUAAGAAUGGCCACCAUAUUGUUCUCAAGGUAACACACCUGUAA